UCCACAGUUCAGUCCGCUAGAUGGCGGUACUGCACCUGCAAGCUGUUUCGCCAACCGCCAAUCAACCAAGAAGAAGGAAGCGGGAACUCCAUCAGUCCGGUCCGGUUUGUCUCAGUUUGUCUCCACGCUGACUGGACAGCUGACCUGGAAAGUAAGAUCCAAAGCUUCACAAAUGGAGUGCAAGAAAGAAAUAUGGCAAACGUGUGGAGAGGCCUUUGUCAACCAGUAUUAUCAGCAGUUUGACUGUACCAACAGGAUGGGACUGAGUAGCCUUUAUUCUGAUGAUGCUUGCUUGACAUGGGAAGGAACACCUUAUAGAGGGCGAGAGGCCAUUGGAGCCAAACUAGUGAACUUGCCUUUCCAGCGUAUUGCGCACGCUAUCACAGAACAAGACUGCCAACCCACGAUAGAUAGUUGUAUCCUCAUCAUGGUGUUUGGACAGUUACGGGUAGAUGAUGAUCCACCAAUGGCCUUCCAUCAAGUGUUUAUGCUGAAGUGCCUUAAUGGUGCAUGGGCUUGCACAAACGAUGUGUUCCGGUUGGGGAUACAUAACAUACCAGUGUAGUGAUCCAGAUUUGUUGGCCCACACACACUCUGACACCCAGCUCUGAUAUACUGUCAUCGAUGAAACUGUAAGGAAUUAUAUGCAAAGAUCCUCUAUGUGGUUUGUAUUAGAGAUGUGUCAAAUUACAUUCCUGUAUAAUAAAAUCAUUCAUGUCUGA